UAACAAUGGAAAGGAGAGAUGAGGAUUGCAAAUAAGUAGGUCAAUCUAGUCAAAUUGAUGAUAAAUGCAUUUAUAUCUCAUUCACAAUAUCAUUUAAUGUAUUGUUUGGAAGUUUAUUUUAUUACUAUUCUCUUAAUACUAAUAAUGAUACAUGUACAUUGUUAAAACAAACUGGCAUAUAUUUCACAUUAUAUUGCUCUUGCAGCAUUAUUUUAUCCAUUAUAACCCUUAUUGGAAAUAAGACAUUCAACACCAUCACUACAAUAGAAGGUCUAAUUAGAUUGUUAUUUUUGAUUGCGUUUUUGGUAAAUUUAAUAUAUUAUUAAGAUUGCCUAUAUUUAGAGUUUCUAAUGCCAUCAUCUUUAAUCAUUAACACUUAUAUUUUUGACAUUACACGCAUUACUAUUUAUUAUAGCUUGUAUGAAAUCUCAAAUCAAUAAAACUAAAUAACUAUGA